AACCUUCUCGAUUUCUCGUUCUCCAGUUCCACACUGUUGGAAACUACUUCCCGUCCUGUGGGUGUGUCCUCGCAUCCACAUCCACCCAAACCACACUCCAUCCCUCCCCUCCUCCCCCUCCUCCCUCCUCCCCCCUCCAUCUUCCCUGGUGAACCAGAAGAGGACAUUCUCUAUCAGUGGAGAUUACGGCGGAGACUGGAGCAGGCACACAGAUCGACCUCUGUCCUCUCGUCUCGUCUAAACAGUUAUCAGAGCCGUCCAUUCUUCAAAUCCCGCUGCAGCAGAGCUCAGGGUUAUGGCAAUGACCUAGCCCAGUGCCAUCUAUUAGCUCCUACAGCUGCUCCUGAUACUAAUGGUGGAGGAGGAGGAGGUGAAGGAGAGAUGGGUGGGGAGGGAGAGGCUCGCCUUAAAUUACAGGCACAGACUGCUUCAGCAGAUGGUACAGCUCGGCAUUCUACAGGGACUUCACCUGUACUACCACCACCAGCCAACACUUCCAACACGUCAGCCGCAUACCCGUCCACGCACUGUAUUCCUGUUGCACCUCUAUGUUCUGCAUACCUUCACUGCCCUCAUCGCACUCCGUGCCCCUUCACCCUGCCUCCACACAGACACAGUGUGUGUGAUACAGUACCCUGUACCGGACACCAGCAGCCUUUAGCUGGGGCGAGCGAGAGGUUGAGAAGCAAGGGAAGGGAGUGGAACAAGAGAGGAGGAAGAGAAAGAGGCAACGAAAGGAGAGAAGAAGAGAGAGAAGGACAAGCUGAAGAAAUCACACCAGAGCAAAGGAUAGAGUUUCCUCUCACGAGAACAGAAAAUAUUGUACCACCUGCCCAGCCAUCCGUUCGCUACCCCUCCUCGUCAAUCCUCAAUCACGUGAGACACCCCCUGCAAUCAUGUGACAAUCAGCCAGACAACCAACCACCUGAGGAGGAAACUGAACUCGAUUCCACCGGAAGUGAAACAUUUCUCUCAACUACUGCACCGUCCACCCCUGACCGCAGCACAGCUUGGGAAUGUGGGAAGAUUAGUCACUCGGGUAGGGGGCCACCUCCGUUUACAAUUCGCGUAACCCGAGCCGUGAAAUUCUGCCAAGAUUCUCCCACUGUAGUGGUCUUAAAUACCGCAGCAGACUACUGCGACGACAUGGGAGAUCCUCUCCUUGCAGCUCUCAUAUCUCGAGCCAGAGCACUAGAGGACCAAUUGAGGAAGAUACACAGUCGCUUGUCUGCCGGUGAGGAGGGCUAGGAGUGGGGGAUCUGGCCUCACACACAAUAAAUCCCAUUCACCAUCCUCCCCCCUUUCCUCCCCCGUUGCUGCUCUGCUAGGUGGCACUGUUCUUCUUGACUCAUCCAGUGUACCAUUCUAACAGUUUAAUUCUCCACCGCAUUGAGGCCAGCCAGCGUGUGUUUGCACUUUGCCUCCACCAGGCCUCCCAAUGCUCACAUGCAAAGUACCCCUGAAGUGGUAGUUGCUAUUGUUCCUCCGUGUUGGACCACAUUCAGGGAGAAAGUGUGAGCUCAGCGCGCGGACGGAAAUGCAAACGCGAAUUAUUUCGUCGCGAGGGUCGCCGAAGCGUGCGCCCAGUAUGAUAUUCAUGACGCUAUUGGCUGCUGCUCUGCGUACGUUUUGCACUUCGUUACGGAUGUGUGGCAUUGUUUAGACGCUGCUUGAUCUAAUUAGCGGUGAUUAGCGUGCAAGUGGUGCAGCUAUAAACCGCCCGCCCUGCCCGUCGAGCUCCAGUCGUGCCCCAGCCCGCAGCUAACAGUCGAGCUCCCGCUUAGCCUACAAAACGCCAGUGGCCCAGCUAGUAGCCUUCAUAAUGAUGUCGGUGUACCCCUCCUGCAUGCAGCGACCUGGUCUACCGGGAGUGGGUCUUCCUGCUCUCACCCUCCCUUGGAGCUUCCCUGCCCUCCCCACCUCUCAGCAGCAGCAGAACCCCCUCACCUUUCAGGUCCAGAUUCCCUCCUUCGCACGGCCCGCUGCAGUGGCCGCGUCAUCCCAGGCCCUGCAACCUAAGACCGAGCUAAAGACUUUUGUAGCUCCCGCGCAGCCUCCCAAGCCCAGAACCUCUCCAACGGGCAAAUCCACGCCGACUUCCUUCACGAUCGCCAGCAUCCUCAGCAAGAGCAAUGACAAGUCCUCGCCGACUGCCGCCGUCACUCCCGUCGUCGCUUCCCAGCCGAUCAACGUGACGGGCCACGCCUCCACGGUGGCGGCCGUCUCUCCGUCCACUCCUCUCUCGGGCACCCCAAAGACCCCGCUCUACUACAUCUACCACACCGCGGCGGCCGGACAACCCUCACCGUUCUCUUUCCCAGCCGCGGCCGCUGCAGCCGCUGCCGCCGCUGCUGCAGCUCACGCAGACCACCACGACCUGCAACGGAGCCCUCUGAGCCGACUGGCCGGAGCUCCUGCUCCGCUCACCCUCGGAGACUGCAUGAUCAGACGCUUCGACUCCCCCCUGGAUUGCAGUCACCACCACCACCACCACCUCACCAACCUUAGCAGCCGACCUAAGAGAAAGCGAAAGCUCCGCACCGUCUUCACCGAGAUGCAACUAGAGGGCCUCGAGACGAAAUUUGCCGAAAAGAAAUACUUGUCUGUGCCCGAUCGGAUGGAGCUGGCGUCGUCCCUCGAUCUCAGCGAGACACAGGUCAAGACCUGGUUCCAGAACAGGAGAAUGAAACGCAAGAAGCAGCUCACGAUGGACCAGGGGGGCACUCCUGUAUCUGGGGGAGAAAAUUGCGACGUGACGGAAGAUGAGGGGGUAGUUCCUCUAGCCAAGAAGCCACGCUCCUCAGAAGAGAGGGAUAGUUCCCCAUAUUCUUCGGAUGAUGCGUCCAUAUCAGAUACAGAGUAGCCAGUUGCAGUUUUUUUUUGUUUGUAUUUUUACGUGUCUCUGCACCUUGAGUGUGUACUUGUCUCCAUUUCCUACCUUGAGCAACACAGUGUCACUUAGCCCACCUCAUCAGAGCAUAGGUCUAUUUUUGUACUUCGCCACACCUGCUGGACAUGUGUUGCACUGUUAUUAUAAGAAACGGUACAGAUAUUUCUAAGUCAUUUUUCUCUCAAUAAUCUUUACUGUCUGAAUUUUUUCUUCACGGAUAAUUUUUGAUC